GUGGCUUCGUUGAAAAAUCACAGGAAAUCUUGAUAUGUUAAAGUGUAUAUAUCAAAAAUACGGAGUCUUCGGCACCAUUUGUGUUUUUAUCGUGUUCAUUUUCGAUACAGCUUCUGCACCAUCAGGUCAUCAUUUUUUAUUUAAAGUGCUUCCUGUAGAAAAUUGUCCGAUGAGUAAAGAGGAAUGGGACAUGGCAUCAACUCGCUUGAAAUGUAACACUACUCAUGGAUACCACUGCGUUCCUGAUAAAUAUUUUACAUCACUCAUUGAAUUUUGUUAUCCACAAGGCUAUAGAUUGCCAUUUGAAAAAGGAAAUUGCCUAGAGUUGGCGGCAGAUGGGAUCUUAAAUCAUGUCCCGUGCGCCAAAGCUUUUUCUAGUGGUUGUCCGGACAGAUUUUACUUCAGCAAUGAACUUUAUAAAUUUCCUAAGUGUUUGACGAUUAAUACGGAUUUAAGAUGUUUUGAUGCGGACAUUGAAUGCAUUUAUUCACGUCUGAUGCAAAACAAGACAGCAGAGCAACACAAUAAAAGCACGGUCGAUUAUAACAAUGAUGGACCUAUCCAGAUUCCAUACAACACGGUUAGAAUCAACUCAGCCUUGAUAAUUGUGACGGUGUUACUUAUUGCAAUGGUCAUUGUAUUGCUCAUUCUUGCAGCUUUAAUAUACAAACGUAAAAUAAAAUGGAAAGGAAAACGAGAAUUCAAAACUGGAAAGUCGGAGAACAAUGAAUUAGAAUUGACAGGUAAAACACAUUUGAAAGAAGAGAAUGAAGAGAGUGCGAUUAAAAACGAACGAUUUCUUAUAGACAUUAAUGAAAUACAUUUGAAAGAAGAAAAUGAGGAGAGUAUAAAUGAAAACGAACCACUACUUAUAGAAAUUAAGGAAGUGCCCGAAGAUCUCAGAAAAAUACACAAAAUUAUUACGGAAAGUGACGAAAAUGGAUUUGAAUCGUUUAUCAACCAACUUGAAGAUAAGACGAGUCUUCUUGAGGAAACGGAUGCCCGAGGGUUUAACAGUUUACAUCUUGCUGCGAAAGGAAGUAAGGUUAAGAUUUUUGAUAAAAUCAUUGGAUGCGAGGUAAGAAUUGAUUCAAAGGUGGUGAACGAUGGACGCAAUUGUCUGCAUAUAGCUGCACACCAUGGAAACUAUCCGGUGUGUGAAUAUAUUUUGAAAAAUUAUCAAAAGUUAUUUGAAUGUAAGGACAGGUAUAAUAUGAAUCCUGCACACUGGGCGGCUUUGGCAGGACAGAAGUCUAUUCUGGAGCUUAUGAUGGAACAUGAUUGUGAUUUAUCUGAGAAAACAGAAAAAUAUGAAGAAAAUAUUGUUCUAUUCGCUUGCAUGGGCAAAAGUUUAUCCGUUUGUCAAUUUGUUCAUUCCAAGGAGAAAAUUGCAUGGGUGUUAAAGGCAACAAACAGGGAAGGUUGGAACUCAAUUCAGUACGCAGCAAAAGCUGGAGAUCUUGGUGUAUUCAGAUUCCUUGUCGAGAAAGGAGUAGAUAUUACUAACAAGUCAAAACAAACAGGAAAAAACUGUUUGCAUACAGCAUGUGAAAAAGGUCAUGUUGACAUUUGUAAGUAUAUAUUGGAAAACAGUCCAGACUUAAUUCAUGAUAGAGAUAAAAAUGGACAACAUAUGGGACACUUUGCAGCAAAAAGUGGAAACGUGGAAAUUUUAAUGUUACUUUUAAAAAAACUAGAUAUCGAUGAUUUAAUGAAAGCAACUGCUGAUAAUAUAAAUAUCCUACAUGUAGCAUGCAAAUAUGCAAGAUUAGAAAUGUGCAAAUUGAUAUCUGUAAAAUGUCCUUCUUUGGUACAUGAAAUGACUGAAAAGGGAUGGCAAUCUGCCUUAUUCAUUACCGAACGAGCCGGAGCUGAAAAUGAUCGAAUUAGUAUUUUGAAAUAUCUCGUUUCUGAGCAUAAUCUGGAUGUUUAUCAUGUUUCAAGAUCGGGAAAAACUAUUCUGUAUAAUGCUUGUGUAAACAGGUCACCUAAACUUGUAAAGUAUUUGUUAGCUAAAUAUCCAGACCUGCCAGACAUUGAGAAGUCCAUGAACCCGUUUGAGGCAGCAAAAUCAAAAGAAAUCGAUAACAUUGUUCAGAGGCAUUACCAAAAAAAGCAUACUUAAAAUUAGAUAUACUAGGCAUUAAGAUCUUCACUUAGCAUUCAACUCUAUUUG